GGGCAUCGCAGGGGCACGAUGGCGCCAUGGCCUGGGGAACUACGGUCCCCCCCUCCCCCUCACACCACUUCCUGCAGCCAAAGCGACCUCAAGCCACGGAGUUUGUCGACUGUCGACAGUCGGGAUCUGAAGGGACGAUGUCUUGGCGCAAUCCGGCUGACAUAAGCCGAUCCGGCCUCUUCGCUGGCGUCGGCGGAAGCUGAACGCUGAAGCUUGUGUUCGAUCGUCCAGUUUGAGAUUGUGCCACCUCCCGACAUCCGGUAAACACCUGGAUGGGAUGGGCGUCUAGUUGGAUCUCAAUGGUGAACGUCCGCUAUGUCCGCCCGCCUCCUCCAUCCGGAUGAGUAUGAGCUCGAAGCUCGAUCGUCAAUUGACUCUCAGGGGACCUUCAAUCUCGACGAAGCGGACUUUGAGUCGCAGGUCCCGCCGAGACCUCGACGGCUCUUGCGCAGAGUCCCCUUGCUGUCGAGGCUCUGUGCUUCCACCUACUUCGGCUAUCGUCGUCUAAAGCCAUCCCGGCCCCUGUUCUUGACCUCGUCCCGGCCCGGUUGUUAUCGCCGUCUCCUGCUCCGUCGUUCCUGCUUCUACCUACAUGCCGUCGCCGGCAUCGUUCUUGCCCUGGUGAUCCUGACGUCCAUUUUCCGGCCGUCUUAUACUCGACCGCCCUCGCAUUAUUCGACACUCCAUGACGCCAUCUCGCAGUCGACGGUUUCGGGCAGAGGCAACCUGCGGAACGAGAGGGUUUUCAUUGCAGCCAGCUUAUAUGAUCGGGACGGAGGACUCGCGCAGGGACACUGGGGCUCAGCCGUCCUCAAGCUGAUCGACAUUCUCGGCGAGGACAACGUCUUCCUGAGUAUCUACGAAAACGACAGCGGGCCGGAGGGCAAGAACGCGCUGCGGGAGCUGGAGGGGCAGGUGCCAUGUAACAAAUCAAUUGUGUUUGAAGAACAUCUGGAUCUGGAUGGUCUGCCGAGGGUGUCGGUUCCGGGGGGAUCGAAGCGUAUAGUUCGGGUUGAAUACUUGGCCGAGGUCCGCAACCGAGCCCUACGACCGUUGGAUGAUAACCCCGGAAUACACUAUGAUAAACUUCUCGUUUUGAAUGACAUCAUCUUUGAUCCUGUUGAUAUAGUCCAGCUUCUAUUCUCGACGAACGUGGGCGAUGACGGUUCUGCCCAUUACCGGGCUGCAUGCGCGACCGAUUUCGACAAUCCGUUCAAGUUCUACGACACCUACGCCACGCGGGACCUCCAGGGCUACAGUAUGGGCUUGCCCUUCUUCCCCUGGUUCACUACCUCUGGAGAAGGAACAAGCCGCAAGGAUGUGCUCGCAGGGAAAGACGCGGUCCGGGUCCGAAGCUGCUGGGGAGGCGCGGUGGCGUUUGAUGCGCAGUAUUUCCAGCACGCGGCGAACCCCAGCCGCGAAGGCCUUCCGGUCCGAUUCCGUGCCUCGCAGGAUAUGUUCUGGGAAGCCUCGGAGUGCUGUCUCGUCCACGCCGAUAUUCAAGAGCCUCACCUAAAUGUGGAUGAGAUCGCCGACUCGGGGAUUUACCUGAAUCCAUUCGUGCGUGUGGCCUACGACCCCCGCACGCUUUCCUGGCUCGGGACGACUCGCCGGUUUGAGAAACUCUACAGCUUCAUUCACAACAUUGGUAACCACAUCGUCGGUCUGCCCUGGCUCAACCCUCGUCGAACGGAAGUUCCCGGCCAACGAGUCGAGCGGACCAUCUGGGUGCCCGAUGACAACCAAGAAGAUGGCGGUUCUUUUCGGAUGAUUGAGCAGAUUGUCGAACGGGGCAGCUAUUGUGAACGACCUGGGCUUCAGGUGAUCGUCGAGGAUCGCAAAGAGGGUCAGAAGGGGUGGGAGCUGAUCCCAUUGCCCAAUUGAGCAAGGCGUAUCUUCUUGUAUGUAGACUUGGUUUCUUGGUUUCUUGGUCUAGAGUACUUCACUCCGCUCCCCCAGCAUACAUCUCUUUCCAAUUGAACCCAUUUCCCA